AGGCGUUUUCUUUUCUGUCUGAACUUGGCUAAAGUGUCACCAGGACGAUACGGACAGACUUCACUAAAGUUUCUGCCGUGGUGGUCUCCUGGUCUCGACAUGGCCCCCAGCGCGCAACUGAAGGAGGCGAUAGCCGAUGUGCAGGAGGGGAUCCGUGCCAUCCUGCUCGGACCACCCGGAGCCGGUAAAGGGACUCAGGCCCCUCGGCUAGCAGAGCAGUACUGUGUUUGCCAUCUGGCCACCGGAGACAUGUUGAGGGCCAUGGUGGCCUCUGGCUCGGAGCUCGGAAAGAAGCUCAAGAAGACCAUGGAUGCCGGCAAGCUGGUCAGUGACGAGAUGGUCGUGGAGCUCAUAGAGAAGAACCUGGACACGCCGCCCUGCAGGAAGGGCUUCCUGUUGGACGGAUUCCCUCGCACAGUCAAACAAGCAGAGAUGCUGGACGACUUGUUGGACAAGAGACACGAGAACCUGGAAUCGGUGAUCGAGUUCGCCGUCGAUGACUCUCUGUUGGUCCGCAGGAUCUGUGGCAGACUAAUUCAUCAGCCGAGUGGCCGCUCCUAUCACGAGGAGUUCAACCCCCCCAAAGAGCCCAUGAAGGAUGACCUGACCGGCGAGCCGCUCAUCCGGCGCAGCGACGACAACGAGAAGACGCUGCACUCUCGACUGGAGGCCUACCACCGGCAGACGGUCCCUCUGGUCAAAUACUACAGUGCCAGGGGCCUGCACACGGCCAUCAACGCCGCCCAGAGCCCGAACGUCGUCUUUGCCUCCAUCGUGGCCGCCUUCUCCGUCGCCACGGAAAUCCCCGCCCGAGCCGUCGCCUCUGGUUGAAUGCUGAGCUGCCCCGAGGCGAAGGAUUGGAUUUGGCAUAAGAUCUUGGGUGGGUGGACAGACGAAGGGGGUGGGGGGCUUCAGACAAUGUAGGGAGUCCUUAGACUUGGAAGUUGCUGUGGGGCUUGUGUUGCUCCUUCGAAUAAAUCAUGCGUUCCUACAGUACAAUCA